CCAUCAAGUCCCGCCCACGGACUACGUCACAGCCUAUUGGCCAUCAGAGAGGUCGCAGUGAAAUUUGACAGGGUAAACUACACGUCACUCACCGUUCUCCCGAAGGGAGGGCGGGGCAAGGAAACACCACCUCUUUCUCCCCCCAGCCUCACUCGCUCAACCAACAGGAAUCCCGGGUCUUUCCAUUGGCAAAUCGUCAGAGAGGCAGUGAUUUUGAUUGGUCACCUUUCAGGAGGCAGAGCCAACGCCACCCGAUUAGAAGUUGAGUGGUGUAAAAGGAGGUCAAUCAAACGCAAAGUCCCGCCUUCUAAGAGUGGCUCGUAACCUAGCAACACAGGGGCCGCGGAGUUGGUUAACUGUGGAACUGUGGGCAGAGAAACUUGCGUCUUGAGAAGCCGAGUUGUUGGAGAUUGUGAAAUCCAGGAGAGCCUUAAGUUGGCUGCCACCUCAGUACCAGGUUAUACUGAGGCAAAGACAGCAGCUCCAGAAAUGGCCUUGGACAACGUCAGCAUACCCCCUUCCUACCAUGGACUAGCCAUCCAAAGAAUCCCACUGAGGACAGGUAUAGUCCCAGCAGAGCCAAUGAAGACCUUAGUCCCAUCCAAAUCCAAGCUCAACACCAUUGAGGCCAAGAGGAUCAUGUCAGUCCUGGAUGAGGCCAUAUACAAGGUAGAGCUGAUAACCCUGAUGGCCUACAUGGAGUCCCACCCAGAGGCUCUGGAGGGCGUGUUGCCGGAGAAUUUUGUGAGAACCCUAAGAGAACAUCUGGACAUUGGCCAGACUCUGGUGGAGAGGGCCGACAUCCUGCAGAGGAAAUACAAACAGCUGGAGGAAGAGGAAGAAGCUGAGGAAGCCUGGAACCGGGAACGCCUACUGCCCCUAGAGCUGCACAAGGCCAGCCUGUGGCCAGUGACACACCAGUUCCGAGAUUCCACCAAGACCAUCCUGAGACUCUUGCUUAGCGAGCCCCAGCUUACCAGGCUGCUACAGGUCCAGGCACCAGGCAGAAGCCCAGGGGCCCAGUGCCUCCUCAAUGGCCUGGUGGAGUUUCGUGGUUUCCUCUUUGAGAAGCUCCUCACCAGCCCCAUGGAAGUAAAGGAGAAGAAUCAAUUCAUACAGGACAUCAGUCGGAGGAAUGAGAGGAACCAGGAGGUCAUCGAUGGCCUCCAGGCUGAGCUGGCCGACGUGCUGAAGAGCAAGGAGUCAGAGGUGGAGAAGGAGAACUUUGUGAUCCAGGAACUGAAGAACCAUCUGCACCAGGUGUUCAAGUUCUCAGAGAACAGCCUCCUCCGCACGAAGCAGGAGGCGGAGAAGCAGCAGAAGGUGGAUUUCCGGGCCUCCCAGGCCAGGCUUGCCAAGAUACAGCAGGACAUCCUGGCGCUCCGCGCACAGUACCACAACCUGGUCAUGGAGAACCGGGAGGCAGAGCAGGCACUGAGGAAGAAAAAAUACAAAGUGGAGACAGAAAUCGAGAACUGGAUCCAGAAAUAUGAUAUGGAGAUGUGCGAGAAGCAGGAGGAAUAUGAGGACCUGGAGAGCAUCCACAAGGAGGAGAAGCUGCAGCUGGAGGAGCUGAAGGAGAGGCACGCGGUGCUGGUGGAGGAGUUCUCCCAGAUCCGCACCGAGAGCGAGAUCAAUUCCAAGAAGAGGGUGGAGGCAGAGCGCGAGAUGGUACGCAUGGUGAGAGCCGCCACGCUCAUCCAGGCCGUGUGGAAGGGCUACCUGGUGCGCUCCAUGCUCAGGUCCAAGAAGAAGAAGCGGGGCAAGGGCAAAGGCAAAGACAAGGGGAAGGACAAAGACAAGGCGAAGGGCAAGGAGAAGCCCAAGGAAGAGAAGCCCAAGGAAGAGAAGCCCAAGGAAGAGAAGCCCAAGGAAGAGAAGGGCAAGGGAAAGAAGGCCAAGGCCAAGGGCAAAGGCAAGAAGUGACUGCUGACUGGUCUGGCCCCGCCCCUGCCUAGCCUCAACCUCGCCCUAUGGAGUCCCAACCCUGCCCCCAUUCUGCCCUAGCCCUUCCAUCCCUGGCUUUAAUGAUGGCUAAAAUUAAAAACCAAACCAAUCCAAACCAAA